AUGGAUUCUCCCGACAAAGAUGGCGAAACCCAAACCACCAAGUCGAACGGGGUAAGAAAGAUCACGUGUAUUGUUGUGGCACUCCUGCUUUUCCCUAUCUUCAUCUUCAUACUUAAGCCGGACGUGCGGGCCUUUUUCAUCCACCCCCAUAAGCCCCAGUUCACCCUUCAAGAGAUAACGCUCUAUAACUUGAGCGUCGUCUCUGUUGAUCCAAGCCUUGUCAGCUCCAUGUUCCAGACCACCAUCUCGUCGCGGAAUCCAAAUUCCCACUUUGUCAUGUACUAUGAAACUGUGGAGGCGUCCCUAACAUACCACAACUAG